GCCAGCAGCUUCCAAGCCAGAGAGAUAGCACUUCAGAAUGACCUGAAGGCAAAGUCAGAACUUGCUGCAGGGUUGAAGGAAGAGAUGAGGAACCUGAAGGAUGAGGUAGACUUAAUGAAAAAGAAGCUGCAGGAGAAAGAUGAAGAUUUUGCUCAACUGCAGAGCCAGAUGGAAGACAAAGAAAUUGUCAUGAUGGGGAACAAACAGCAGGUUGAUGAACUCAAAUCCAAAUGUGCCAAUUAUAUGGAGAAUAUUCAGGCUCUUGAAGCUCAGUUAUCAGAACUGAAUGCAAAGCACACAGCCACACAAUCAGAACUAGAUAGCCACCGUGACCAGGUGGCAGCGGUGCAGGGUAAAUUAACAGAAGUCGAGAUUGAGAAGAAUAAUUUGACAAGAGAACUUAGUGAAAAGGCAGGGGAACUGGAGAGCCUAAAAGAGAAAAUCAAUGAUGCAUCUAAAGAAGAGAGUGAAGUCUUGCAGAAAAAGACAGAACAGGUAGAGGAACUGAGGAAAGCACUGAGAGAUGCUGAGCACUCCCGCAAUACAGCAGAGAAUGCUCUAGUGUCCAAAUCUGAGAUGAUUGAGCAGCUCAACAACAAAAUUGCCAAUUCUGGCAAUAUGUUGAAAGAUGCAAGCACUAAAGCAGCAGCUUUGGAGACAUCCCUAAGAGAAAAGGACAAGGCCUUAGAAAGUCUGCAAGAACAGGUCAAAGUCAUCAACUCCCUAAAGAAUGACUUGAAUAAGGAGAGAGAAGCUGCUAAGGGGAAAGACACAGAAAUUGGAGAAAUCAAGAAAAAGCUCCAGGAAACUGACAGUAAGAAGACGCAGGCUGAGCGGAGCCUCCAGGACACCCAGGAGAACCUGAACAAUGUGCAGGCUGCUUCUAAAGCCCUGAAGACAGAGUUGGAGGCCCUGAAGGAGAACUUGAAGAAGAAAGCACAAAGCCUUGAGGAGCUGCAGUCCAGGAUGAAGGAUGAGCUCGGUGACAAGGAGCAGGUCAAGAAGAGCCUAGAUGCAGCAUUGAAGGAGGCACAAACCUUCAAGGAAGAAGCCCAGACGCUGCUGUCACACAGCCAAUCUCUCGAUACUGAUAUGAAGGCAGCUCAAGCAAAGUCAAGUGCCCUGGAUGCUGAGGUGAAGCGCCUGGCCACUGAGAAAAGUAGUCUACAGGAGAGUGUUCUUUCCCUAGAAAACACCAAGGAGCAGUUAGAAAACUCCCUGAAGAUGCACCAGGAUAAUUCAGCCAAGCAGGUGCAAGAUCUAGAAGAGAAGAGUGAGAGUUUACAAAAUGAAGCCAAGCAGCUGUCAGAGAAAAAUUCUUGUCUUGUUGCAGAAAAGGCAGAUUUACAGAAGGCAAGAGACAUGGUGGCUCAUGAGUUGAAGGUAGUGAAGGGAGACUUGCAGGUAGCCGAAAAAGGUUCAGCAGAACUAAGGGACCGGAUUGGGGACUUGGAGAAGGAGACCGCAGCUUUGAUAUCCCAGAAAGAGGCACUAGAAGAGAAAAUUAACUCUCUCCAAGAUAAGGUGAGUGAAGAGACAUCAUUGCGCUCAGCUAUGGCAGGCCAGCACGCAGCGGAAUUGGCAGCAGUACAUCAGGAGAAGGAAGAAGCAGAAGCUCAGUUGCUGAACCUGGAAGAAUCCUCUGCCAAACUACAGAAGGACCUCCAGCUUGAAAUU